CUUUUUGAGAAAGCAAAUUCUCAAAUUUGCAGAUUCAAAAUAGAAAAAGCAACCACCUGAAGUUCACAUGAUCCUAAUCUAACCAAUCCAUCAUCAAUGGACCCAGGCCCACAAAACCAACACGACGACGUUUUCUUCGACGCCUUUCACCACUGCCCCUUCCACCAUUGCUCCGCCGUCGCUGACAACUCCCCGGAAUCUUCCGCCACCGCUUCCGACCCACCCAUCCCAUCCCCAGCUUCCACAAUCCGCCGCCGUUCAAUUCGCCGUCGCUCACCGGCUAAGCAAUCAACCCACACCGAUUCCUUCAGCGAUUCAAUCGACACUGCCACAACGAGCCUUCAGAAUGAUCCGAAUCUCUCGAUUUUGAAGGAAAAUGAGAAUUCUCCUAAGAAAAUCGAUUCAGAUGAAGCGAAAAUUCGUUCGUUUGAAGAGGGAAACGAGGAAUCGACGAUAACUACAGCUUCGCAUGACGAAGGACCCGGCGAUUCCGCUGACUCGGUUGCGGCGGAGACCGGUGGUUCUCCCGAGAAAAUCGAUUCAGAUGAAGAGAAACUUCGUUCAAUUCCUCCUCCUAGUGUUGUAACCGAAGAACGAAACGAGGAAUCGACGAUAACUACAGCUUCGCAUGAUGACGAAGGACCUGGCGAUUCCGCUGACUCGGUGGCGGCGGAUCAUGGUGAUUCUCCGUCGAGCUCGCUUGAAUUUGUGGCGGGGUUGGUGAUUAGGGUAAUCAUGAUGCAAAUCAAGGUUUUCAUUUUCUUUGUGAAGUCACCAGUGUUGUUAUUGUUUCAUGGUUGCAUGUUUUUUGUGGACCCUUUUGGAACAAUUAGAAAGGGGAAGAGUUUUUUCAUGGAGAUUUUGGAUAGAGUGUGGGGUUGUGUUUCAGCUCAGGGAUUGUUCAGUGAGCAGAAUUCAUUCUGGAAUGUUGCUUUUAGGUGUGGGUGGGGAUUUUUGUGGUCUAUCUAUGUUUGCUGCAUUUUGUUUGGUCUAUUGGGUUCUUCAGUUGUGGUUAGUGGGUUUGUGAUGAAGUACUUGGUGGAGAAGCCACUUCAGAUGAAGCAGGUUUUGAAUUUUGAUUUCACCAAGCAAAGUCCUGUUGCAUUUGUGCCUGUGAUAUCGUGUGCCGGUGUUGGUGGUGGUGAUGAUCCUGAGAAUGACCUUGCAGUUGGCAAGUGGAUGAGUAGAAGGGUUAUACCUCCUAAGCAAAAGGUGCAAGUCACUGUUGCAUUGCUUGUGCCAGAGUCAGAAUAUAACACACAUCUUGGAAUCUUUCAGGUCAGGGUAGACUUCUUAUCUUAUGAGGGUAAAACAAUUGCAAGUUCGAGCCAACCUUGCAUGUUAAAAUUCAGAAGUGAGCCUAUCCGUCUAAUCACGACUUUCCUCAAGAUUGUUCCUCUUGUUACUGGCUAUGGAUCAGAAACCCAGACUCUUAAAGCCAAGAUGAGAGGCUUUGUUGAAGGGGAUAUACCUACUUCAUGCUUAAAAGUAACCCUUGAGCAGCGAGCAGAAUAUCUACCAGGCGCUGGCAUUCCUCAAAUGUAUGACUCAUCUAUAAUUGUUGAAUCAGAACUUCCUUUUUUCAAGAGGAUUAUAUGGCAUUGGAAGAUGAGCAUAUUUAUAUGGAUCACUAUGAUGGCAUUCAUGAUGGAGUUACUCUUUGUUCUCGUGUGCUGUUGGCCUAUAAUUAUUCCAAGAACCAGGCAAAGGAGUGGCUCUGCUCGAGGUGAUGGUACUCAAAACAAUCUUCAGCCCCCAAGUUGAGCCUAGUUCUUUCGCCCGGAAAAAAGUGAGAGUGGUAUGAGAAAGAUUUUUUGUCCAAUAGUAUAACCUAGCAUAUUUUGACUUGUAGAUCUAUGUUUAGUGAGGGAUCCUAACUAAAAUUCUUUUUUUUUUCCUUCCACUUUUCUUUCUCUUAAAUUUCCUUUCUAGUCACAAGUUACAUGUUCAAUUGCACACUAUGUAUAAUAUGAUUUGGCCAAAUCUAUGUCCAUUUGGCUAGCCAUAAAUAAGAGAUUUUUAUUUAUUUUUUACUAUCAAGAAUUUAAAUGUUCCUUCAA